AUGUCAGUAAAACGAAAGUAUGAUUUUGAUCAGCUUGAAUCACUUUUAAUAUCAUGUCCAGAAGAUGAUUCCAUAACAACGAAAUAUAUCAAAACUGAAGAUUUUUUAAAUCAUAAUUCUCCAUCAACUGAUGAACAUGAAUCAAAUGAAAAUCAUUCAACAUCUCCUCCAUCUUUAAUAAACGAAUCUCAUACAAAAGAUAUUAAAGUAAGACAAGAACGAAAUCGUCGUAAAAGUCAUUCUCAAUCGAAAUUACCACAAAAUCCUUCAUCAUCAUCAUCAUCAUCAUCGACAACAAGUGUUCGUAUGAUUCUUAAUUUAAUCGAUUCAUUAGUUGAUGAAAAACAAUUUGAUAAUAGUGAUGAAAAUUUAUUAUCAACUAUUGAUUGUCUUAUUAAUAGUUUAAAACAUAUACGUGAAAAAAUAAAAACAAUUAAUCAUGAUGAUACACAUCCAUUAAAUUUAUCUAAACCAAAACUUAAACAACAAACUCAUGAUGAUUUAAAUUCACCAACAACAUCAUCAUCAAAUUUUCCAUUAACAUCUGGACUUUUUUCUUCUCCACCAUUUUUUUCACCAUUUUCUGUUGCUAAUAUGACACAUUUACAAAAUUAUUUAAAAUUAUCAGCUGCAUCCGUGCUUAACGAUUCAAUUAAUUUAAAAAAUGGAGAAAAUAACAAUUUAAAAGGUUCAUUACCAUCACCAUUUCUUACUGGUUUCAAUAUGUUUCCUUUUUCAUCGACACCAAACCAUCUUCCUCAUCAUUCAUCGAAUGUAAAAACAACAUCAAUUGAUACAAUAAAUAAUAACAAUAAUCAUCAUCAUCAUCAUCAUCAUCAACAACAACAUCAUCAUCAUCGUGAAUCGUCUAUUGAUAGAAACUCAUCAUUAGUUCGUCAAAUAUCAACAAAUAGAAAAGAACGAAAUCAUUCAAUACCAUCAACAAAUUUAUCAAUUUUAACUUCAAAUAAUGGAAAUCAAGAAAUUAUAUCAUCAAAUGAUCAUAUAAAACGUCCUAUGAAUGCAUUUAUGGUUUGGGCACGUGAAGAAAGACGAAAAAUUUUAAAAGCUUGUCCGGAUAUGCAUAAUUCAAGUAUUAGUAAAAUAUUAGGUACUCGUUGGAAAGCAAUGAGUAAUGAAGAAAAACAGCCAUAUUACGAAGAACAAUCACGUUUAAGUAAAGUUCAUAUGGAAAAAUAUCCAGAUUAUCGAUAUAGACCUCGACCAAAACGAACAUGUGUUGUUGAUGGAAAAAAAAUUCGUUGGUCAGAAUAUAAACAAAUGUUAAAACAACGAAAAAUAGGUCCAUUUGAUGAACAAUAUUCACCUGAUGAUAAUCAUUAUUUAAAUAAUGAUGAUUGUAGUUCAGAUGGUAGUAAUAAUUCGCAAAAAGAACUUAUUUUUACUGAUUAA